AUGAUGGGUGGUGAUUGUUCUAUCUGUUUUCCCUUCAUCAAUGCCGCCUUGUUUGUUAAUAAUCUUAAUGUUGCCUUAAUUCCCCUGUUCCUAAUUCGAAUAUUCCUCCAGCUUCCUAUUAUUAUCUCAGCAGCUACAGAAGAUGAACAGUUCUCAUAUUGUUGUGGUCAGGCCCAAUUCUGCGGGAACUUAAACAUCAGUUAUCCCUUCUUCAACGACAACUGGGGCUGUGGAUUAGAACGCCUUCAUUGCAUAAAUGUUUCCAUUCCAGUGAUCAAUUCCUGGGAUGAUCAGAAUUGUGUUAAUAAUAAUAUGUAUGAGGUUCAUAGCAUCGACUACACCAACAAGACCUUAUUAGCUCAUUACCUGAGGUUCACCCAAGCAGACUUGCUCAACGACAAUGAGAGAUGCAAGUUCCUCUUCAACAAUUUUACAACUAUGGGGCCAACCUUUUUCCAUCAUCUUUCAGCUCAAGUGAUAAGCCCCAAUCUUACACUAAGAGUAUGCAUUAAUGGCUCUCCUAACACAGAUUAUUGCAAAGUUGAGGCAAUACCAGCUGAUGUAACAACAGCAGAUGCACCUGCGCCACUUCCACCAAGUAGUACUACUCUCGAUAAUAAUCAAAGCUCUCCACCAUAUGACUGCAAAUUGGUUCAUCUUCCAGUGGAUGUGGUACCUACCACAUUCCAAUAUGGGCCGGUUGAUCAUGUCUCACAAUUAUUCACUGUUGGGUUUCGUCUUCGUUGGAUCCUUCCCCAACUAUGUAAUCAGUGUGAAGAGAAUGGAACCUUCUGUGUCAGCUACGACGAUGAAAGCUUUUUUUGUUCCAAUCCAAAAGAUAGAAUAUGGAAUUCAGAUCAAGGGAAGAAGACCCAAUCGAAGAUUAUUGGAAUAGGUAUUCCCGUAGGAGUUGCAGCAGGAAUCCUUUUGACAAGCAUAUUUUUCUACAUAAUCUACAAAUACCGGACUGAACAUAACCGUGGAGUACUCCGCACUUUCUCCUUGAAGACAGACCUUGGAAAGGGCAGCAGCCACUUUGGAAUCCCCAUCUUCUCCUACGCUGAGCUCGAAGAAGCCACUAAUAAUUUCAGUUCAGUUAAUGUACUCGGAGAUGGUGGCUCUGCUACUGUAUACCAUGGUAAGCUCCAAGAUGGACGUGUGGUUGCAAUCAAGAGGCUUUACAAUAACAACUACAAACAUGUUGAGAGGUUCAUGAAUGAAAUCGAGAUCCUCACUUGUUUGCGCCAUCGAAACCUUGUCACUCUUCAUGGGUGCACUUCAUAUCGCAGCCAAGAACUCCUCCUUGUUUAUGAGUUCAUUCCAAACGGCACUGUCGCUGAUCAUCUCCAUGGUGAUAGAAGGAAGGUUGGAUCACUCCCAUGGCCCGUCCGCAUGAGUAUAGCCAUAGAGACUGCAAGUGCACUCUCCUACCUCCACGCUUCUGAUAUCAUACACCGUGAUGUGAAAACAAGCAAUAUCCUCCUUGACAAUCAUUUCCAUGUCAAAGUUGCAGAUUUUGGGCUAUGCCGUCUGUUCCCUACUGAUGCUUCCUACGUCUCCACUGCUCCUCAAGGGACUCCAGGUUAUGUUGAUCCCGAGUAUCACCGAUCCUACCAGCUUACGGACAAGAGUGAUGUUUAUAGCUUUGGGGUGGUCUUGAUUGAGCUCAUAUCAUCUAAGCCCGCUAUAGAUACCAGUAGGCAUCGAGAUGAGAUUAAUUUGGCAAACAUGGCAAUGAAAAAGAUCCAAAAAGGAGCUUUGCAAGAGUUGGUUGACCCAUGCCUUGGGUUUGAAUCGGAUCACGCAACAAGGAGGAUUGUAACAUUGGUUGCAGAGUUAGCAUUUCGUUGUCUCCAACAUGAGAAGGAAUUGAGACCUUCUAUGGACGAGGUAUUGGAAAUUUUAAUGGUGACUAGGGGUGAGGAGUACAAGGUGGAUAACCCAAUUAAGGUGAUGGACAUUAAUCUAGCAAGUUAUGAUGAUGAACAGCUGCCCAAGAACAUACCACCGCCACCAGCUUCACCCGAUUAUGGGACUCAGAAAUUAAUUAGCCCGUCAACUACGCCGAGUACCAAUGGUUAA